GCCAGUCUUGUUGACACUGAGCGCCGCGUAGAUCAAAUCUUAAAAUAACGAAACUUCAAAACAAAUCUCUUCAACAAUCCCUUUUCGAAUUUUAUCAGAACUGUCUGAUUACAAUAACUCGAUCUCGUAUCCGUAUUCGAUAUUUUUUUUCGUCUUUCUGUCAUAAAACUUCUCCGCGGAAACUGUGGAAGGGGAGAAAAUAAAAAAAUAGAAAAUCGGACGUUCGAAGUAGGCCUAGCGAGUGGCACCGGAAAAUCAUCGAUGCAUUUGUCGGCGGAAAGCGGUGGGAACUCCCGCGAUGCCAUGGCCGAUUUCUUCGUACCGGUUGAACGGACUUUGACUGAGGUUCUCAGCGAACAUCCUGGGGAGCUCGUCAAGACUGGGAGCCCGAAUCUCGUUUGCUCGGCCCUUCCUACCCACUGGAGGUCCAACAAGACACUGCCCGUAGCCUUCCGAGUGGUCAGUCUGGGGGAGAUCAUGGACGGGACAAUUGUGACCAUCAAAGCCGGCAAUGAUGAUAAUUAUUGCGCUGAACUACGGAACGCGACAGCGGUGAUGAAAAAUCAGGUGGCAAAAUUCAACGACCUGAGAUUCGUAGGAAGAAGCGGUAGAGGAAAGAGUUUCACAUUAACUAUAACCUUGAGUACAAGCCCCCCACAGGUCGCAACCUACGUCAAAGCAAUUAAAGUCACAGUUGACGGACCGAGAGAACCUAGGAGACAGCAAUAUCACCUACGAGCUUUCGCUUCGGCUUUCGGGCACAGACCACCGUUUCUUGACCCGCGACUCGUCGACCCACUGCGAGAAUGGGAACACAUGAGGAGAAAGUCAGAAUGGACAAUGGACUUGCCCAUGAGAAUAUCAGGUGCGCAUGGAGAUCCGACCCAAGCGAGCUUCACUUUUGGAAAUGAGGCGCAGUGGAAUGCCCAUUCGGCCCACUACCAGAACUACUUGGGACACGGUCUACAGCCAGCGGCAGGGUUCGCUCCUUGUACCCAAAUGGAUAUGGCAUCUACUCACGAUUCGGGUCACGCCACUCCUCAGACCACUCCCACAGGUAUACUUCCCGAUCGGCAUUCUACCGCCUCAUCGCAAGCAUUCCCUGCUCUAACCGAUCCACAAGCAUCGCCAAGCUCCAUCAAAGACUCUCUUUUCGUCACACGAUACAACAAUGCGAUGGUUGCAGCUUCGGAGCUGUGCCUGACAGACCGUUUAACAGAACUGCGACAUGGUCUGUCGGGAACUAAUCCGAGCGCCUGUAGUACUUAUCCAACCACCCAUCCAUUUAACAACGCAUCUCUGGCAUUUCUAGCCGCUGGGCCAUCUCCUCACAACAACAACCUUCCAUACUUCACGGUUGGUCAUGGCAGCUAUGGUCUUCUCUCUGCAGGACAUGGGUACUAUGGUAACGGAAAUCCUGCCAGGACAACUAAUCCCUCUCUCAUGGCUGCAGCAGCUGCGGCUAGUAUGUACCUGACGCCACCCAUGGUGUCGCCGUCAUUAUUUUAUUCCCAAUUAUAUUCCACACAAAAUCAAAUCCAAUCUUCAAUACAUCUUAUGAACAAUAGCGACACGAGAAGCUCUACAACAGAGGAUGAAGUUAUUGCCGCUCAAAGGUGCCUGGACAGUGGUGGUCCAUCUAUUUCUAGGGACUCGAGUACAGGCGACUCGAUACUGCAAUCAGAAGGUAGCAGCAAUCACAGUUCGGCUGAUGUCCGAAGGAACACGAUUUCGGACGACAGGAGGCGAUUGGACUCGAAUAUACGAGACUCACAGCAGCAGCAUCUAAUGUUGGCGAAUAACAAUGGCACGCCAAGUGCUAACACAGAUCUGUUUCCUCCAGAACAAAACAGGCAGGGACAAGGUGAUUCAAAUUUAUGGCGCCCUUAUUAAGAAAUAGUUUUAGUUACUCUACAAAUUUUAUUUCCGUCCUCCUAAAACUGAUGAGCACGUUCAAAUAUACAUUGUUUCUUCAUUUUUCGUGUUAUGCUGUGUUUGUGGAUACAUGACUGAAGAAAUUCUAAAAUUAAUGAAAAAUAAUUUUAUAAAAUAUUUAGUAAAAUUAAAACUCUGCUGAUGUUAAUUUAUAUUUUUUAAUCCUUUGUUUCAUUCGAGAGAUUUUUUUUAAUUAUUAUUAGAAA